AUGGCACAGGUCCCCUGCUCCAGUGGGAAGAGAGAGCCAGACCAGUUGGGACUGGAAACACAACGCCCAGCUCAGAACAGCCUGAACGAGACAUGGGACGUGGACAUGACUGCUCCCAAUGGAGGCAACCCGAGGACGGCUUCCAAGAGCUUUAAAUAUCUGUUCUUUUUUCUUCUUCUUCCUAUCUCCUGUCUUUCCAUCGCUGCUCACGCCUCGACACCUGCAGAGGAAGCCCCUGAAGAAGAGGAGAAGCCCAGAAUAAAACUAACUGCUCCUAAAAUACCCGAGGGUGAGAAAGUAGAUUUUGAUGACAUCCAAAAGAAAAGGCAGAACAAAGAUCUGAUUGAACUGCAGGCUUUGAUCGACAGCCACUUUGAAGCCAGGAGAAAGGAAGAGGAAGAGCUGGUUGCCCUCAAGGAGAGAAUUGAGAAGCGCAGAGCUGAAAGAGCAGAGCAACAGAGAAUCCGGGCUGAGAAGGAGAAGGAGCGUCAGGCAAGGCUUGCGGAGGAAAAGGCACGCAGAGAGGAGGAAGAUGCCAAGAGAAAGGCCGAGGAUGAUCUCAAGAAGAAGAAGGCUCUGUCCUCCAUGGGUGCCACAUACAGCAGCUAUCUGGCAAAGGCUGACCAGAAGAGAGGGAAGAAGCAAACAGCUAGAGAGACGAAGAAGAAGGUCCUGGCCGAGAGGCGCAAGCCCUUGAACAUCGAUCACCUGAAUGAAGACAAGCUGAGGGACAAGGCUAAGGAACUGUGGGACUGGUUAUACCAGCUGGAGACUGAAAAGUAUGACUUUACAGAGCAGAUCAAGAGGAAAAAAUAUGAGAUUGUCACCCUCAGGAACCGGAUUGAUCAGGCUCAGAAACACAGCAAGAAGGCAGGAGCCAAGGGGAAAGUCGGUGGGCGCUGGAAGUAA